AUGUCCAUACCAGGGUUCGGGAGUACCGAAAAAGUGAAUUAUGCUGUAUCGAGUAUUACAUUGACGAUUCCUCAGAACUAUGAGUGGAGAAUAGAGGUUCCAUUUAAUAGACUUCUCAAGUUUAAGGUUUUAACUGGAAUAGUGGAAAUUAAUGGGACCGAAUUAGCAAACAAUAUAGAAAUUCAGUUAUCAGGGACUAAGGCUUACUUGUAUUCUCCAAUUGCCGACUCAGUAAUUGAGUACGUUUUGGUGGAAAAUAAAGACGAUCUAUCGUUGGCUUCUACUUCUGAUGAUGGCUUUGUCGAAUACUUGAGUGACGAGUCCAAUAUGGAUUCCAUAUUGAACCUACAUAUGUAUUUUGAAAGCAAGAGACAGUACACAAAGGAUUACAAUUUUUCAAGUUCUAUUGACCAGCAACAAAGCGGUCCAAAAGUGCUAAUUAUAGGCUCAAAAUAUUCAGGUAAGACAACUAUGCUGAAAAUAUUAGCAGCAUAUGCCAACAAGAUGAACAAUACACCUGUAUUGGUGAACUUGCAACCUCGUGAUGGUGUAUUUGCUUUGCCUGGGUCGUUGACAGCAACACCCAUAAGUGACUCUUUUGAUGUAGAAAGUUGCAAUGGGUAUGGCUUAACCACAACCAGCGGGACAUUAACACACAAUCCCAAACAACCGAUUGUUAAAAAUUUUGGAAUGGCAGAUUUCAAUGACAAUGUGGAUUUUUAUAAAUUGCUAAUUGAGAAGUUAGGCAUAACGGUUUUGUCUCGCUUCGAUCAAGACUUGAACAUUAAAAACAGUGGAGCGAUUAUUGAUACACCAGCUUUGACUCUGAAAAAUUUUGAUAUCAUUGAGUGCAUCGUAUCUAAUUUUUUGAUUGAUAAUAUUGUUGUUAUUGGAAAUGAGCGAUUAGCCAUUGAUUUGACCAAGAAGUUUGCUCAUAAAUCGACCCAAUUAAAUAUUAUUAAAUUGAGUAAACUGUCAGGAUGUGUUGAAGUUGAAGAUAGAUUUAUUCGUCUACAACAAGAACAAACUAUAAAAGAAUAUUUCAAUGGAAAUUUCAAAACAAGAUUGUCGCCCUUCAAAACUGAUAUUGAAUUGCUGGGGUUGAGAAUUUAUAAAAAUGUAUUGACAAAGGAUUUGCUUUCUCAAAUGGCAUUUUUGCCUGGGGGAGAUGACUUUGAGAAAGAUGAACCGGAUCUUGAAGAAGACGCAGAAGAGAAGCAGUUGGAAAAAUAUUAUCAAGCAAUUGAAGAACCCAACAGCUCAAAUUUAGAGAAUUCGAUUGUUGCCAUAACACAUCUCCCAAAUAAUGAUAAAAAACUAGGGAAAGAUUUAUUGAACACAAGCGUUUUAGGGUAUAUACAUGUGAGUAAAUUUGAUGAUCAGAAGAAGCAUUUGAAAGUAUUGUUACCAUUUCCCGGGGUGUUUCCUAAGAAUAUAUUGAUCUCUACUAAUAUAGGAUACAAUGAAUAA